AUGGGUCCUCAUUUCCUCUUCAUGUACAACAAUACUCUGCCUCAUCCCACAGGAGCUGCUGGAGAGUUUGCUGGGAUUGAAACUGUGCUUCUGUUUUCUGUUUUUGAUUACUUCAUUAAUACCUUUUUUUUUUUCGAUGUGUCAGGCGCCAAAAAUUUAUAUAUCAUUGCUGUGAAUGGAAUUAAAGGUCGACUUAACAGAUUACCUGCAGCGGGUGCUGGUGAUAUGGUUGUAGCUACUGUUAAGAAAGGAAAACCAGAAUUAAGAAAGAAGGUUAUGCCAGCUGUUGUGAUCCGGCAAAGAAAACCGUAUAGAAGAAAGGAUGGUACUGUAUUAUAUUUUGAGGAUAAUGCUGGAGUUAUAGUAAACAAUAAAGGUGAAAUGAAAGGUUCUGCAAUAACAGGUCCUGUAGCAAAAGAAUGUGCAGACCUUUGGCCGAGAAUAGCCUCAAAUGCAAGCAGUAUAGCAUAAAAAUUUAUGUAAAAAGAACCCUGUUCAUGAUUAAUAAACAUUAUGAACAGAA